AUGGCGGUGGCGGCGCGGGCCCUCAUGCUGCCGGCAGUGGUGGAGGAGCUGCUGAGCGAGAUGGCGGCGGCGGCGCGGGACGGCGCGCCGAUUCCUGAUGAGCAUCUGUUAUCGCUGAAGUUUGUCUUUGGCUCAUCCGCCGUCCAGGCCUUGGACCUCGUUGAUCGCCAGUCCGUCACCUUAAUCUCAUCACCCAGUGGGAGGCGUGUUUACCAGGUACUUGGAAGUUCCGGUAGAACAUACGUGUGUUUGGCCUCUUGUCAUUACUGUUCGUGUCCGGCAUUUGCCUUCUCAGUGCUGCGGAAGGGUGACAGCCUCCUGUGCAAGCACCUCUUGGCAGUUUAUCUUAGUCAGGUUAUGAGGACCUGUCAGCAGCUGAGCGUCUCUGACAAGCAACUGACUGAUGUAUUAUUGAUGGAAAAGACACAGGAAGCAUCAUAA